AGCUCUGCCCUGGGGACUUCUGGGAGUAAGAUCACUUCCUGGCUUGCUCUACUUCCCUUAUCAGGUUACAGUUGCAGGGCUGGGCCAGAAGCAACGCCUGAGACCCAGGGCUACAGCAGCAAGCACUCGCCAGGGCCCCAGACUGCAGGGGGAAAUUUUCCGGCUGUUGCAGCUGCGAGGAUCCGCUUGCCAUGCAGGGAGGAGACGCUGAAGAGGCAAUGCCAGCCGGGGCCACUCUGCAGGUCCCGGUGACGUUUGAGGACGUUGCCAUCUAUUUCUCCCGGGAGGAGUGGGAGAUGCUGGCAGAGUGGCAGAAGGAGCUGUACCGGGACGUGAUGAAGGAACAUUAUGACAAUCUGAUUUCCCUGGGCCAUGCAGGCACCAAGCCUGACGUUUUAUCCCGGAUCGAACAAGGGGGAGAGCCGUGGGUCGUGGAUCAGAAGGAGGAAAGAGAGAGGCUGGAAUGCACCUCGCUUGAGGGUGCAGGCCUGAGCAGAACUGAGGAGCAGCAGCAGGAGAAAGGGCCUGAGAACUUGGAGCCACAGGGGACUUUCCCGAGUAGGUCGGAAGAGAGAGUUUUCCAGAGUCCUGAGCAGGAAGAAACUUGCCAGAGGCAGCGCAGGUCGCUGAGGCUGCAGCGCAUCUCACUGAGGAAUGAGCCAGAUGCCCCAAGGGACUGUGAAAGGGGUGGCCAGGAACCUCCGAGGCUCCCUGCGCAGGAGAGACCGAAGACGAGCCAGAGCCCACCUACGUGUGAACUCAGCUUCGAGGGAGAGAGAGACCUUAGCGCAGACAAGUGCAGUGUCCGCAAGAUAAAGGAUCCACACCAGUGCCAAGUGUGUGGGAAGUGCUUCCGGCUACGGCAGGACCUCAGGAGGCACCAGAGGAUCCACACGGGGGAGAAGCCCUACCUCUGCCUUUACUGUGGGAAGAGGUUCAGCCAGACUGCCAAUCUCUGCACCCACAAGAAGAUGCACAGAGGGGAGCGGCCGUACCCCUGCACCACCUGUGGCAAGAGCUUCCGGCAGAAGCAGCAGCUGGUGUCCCACAGCCGGAUCCACACGGGAGAGCGGCCCUACCUCUGCACGCAGUGCGCCAAGAGCUUCCGCUGUAAGCAGGGGCUCAGGGCCCACCAGAAAACCCACGUGGGAGAGGGAGGCUCUGAGGGGAGCCAGGCCAAAGGGCGGGUCUUCACCUGCCCCAAGUGCAAGGCUGUCUUCACUCACAGGCACGACUUCCUAGCGCACCGGCGAGCGCACGCCACCAGCGAGCAGCCCUACCAGUGUGCCGACUGCGGGAGGCGCUUCAGACAGCGGCAGCAGCUGAUUCCGCACCGCCGGAUCCACACCGGGGAGCGACCCUACAGCUGCCCUCUCUGUGGGAAGAGCUUCCGGCGCAGGCAGGAGCUGACCACGCACCAGAGAAUCCACACGGACGAGAGGCCCUUCCGCUGCCCCGAGUGCCCGCGCAGCUUCAGGGAGAAGCAGAAGCUGAGGAGACACCAGAGAAUCCACACAGACGAGAGGCCCUAUGCCUGCCCAGAGUGCGAGAAAUGCUUCCGGCAGAAGCAGCAGAUGGUGUCCCACCUCCGGAUCCACACGGACGAGCGGCCCUACGCCUGCUCGGAGUGCGGGAAAUGCUUCCGGCGGAAAGACUCCCUCGCCAAACACCAGAGAACCCACCAAAGGGCCCAGACAUAGGGCUUGUCUACACUACCACUUAAGUCAAUGUAAUGUACAUCACUUGGGGAUGUGAAAAAGUCCCCCUCCACUUCCCCCCCGAGCAACGCAAGUUACAUCGACUUAAAGCACUGUCCACACCGUGCUAUGUCGGCAGGAGACACUCUCCCGCCGACAUGGUUUCCUCCUCUCGUUGAGAUGGAGUAAUUAUGCCGACGGGCGAGCGUUCUCCCAUCACACAGUGCAUUUUCACCAUACGCACUACAGCGGCGCAGCUGCAUCGGUGCGUGGUAGUGUAGACUAGACCAUAGUCAAUGCAGUCGUCCUGCCCCAAACUCCCUCCUCGUUUCCCCCAUGGAGGGGAAACCCCUUCCGCAGGGACUCAAAGAAACCACCCCCGGAGCCAUCACCCCUUCAUAGCUCUCGGCAGAGAACAGAGGGGAAGAAACACUACAGACACAUCUACCCUGGAGAAGGCGAAGGAGCUGCACCUCCAUUCCCUCAAAGGGUCCAGGCAGCCACAGUCUCACAUUUAUUGUUUCUUUGAUGAAUUUGAAUCAUUAUAGAGGGACCUUAUCCUUCCUGUGAACCCCGGUAAAGCCCUUCUGUUCUCUCCUCUGUGUAGUUGUCCUAGGACAGGCAGGAUUUCCGAGCUCUCUGUAUUUCCCUGCCCUGUAAAGGGCAGGUCGGUUGGGUGUAUGUGAGGUUCCCUGUGUGGUGGGAGAGGCAUACGCAGGUGAAAACCAUGACACGGUGCAGUAGUUUAAUAGAUUCAUAGAGCUGAAGGACAGAAGGGACCAUUAGAUCAUCUAGUCUCACCUCCUGUCUAGUACAGGCCAGUCAGUUUCACUCUGUUACCCCUGUAUUGAACCCCGUCACUUGUGUUUGACUAAAGCAUCUUCCAGAAAGGCAACCCGUCUUGAUCAAGAGAUGGAGAAUCCACUCUUUCUGCGGGUAGUUUGUUCCAAUGGUUAUUCACCCUCACUAUCAGAAACAUGUGCCUUAUUUCUAACUUGCCUUUACCUGACUUCAGCUUCCAGUUCUUGGUUCUUGUUGUGUCUUUCUGCACUAGAUGAAAGAGCUCUGGAGUGCCUGGUAUUUUCUCCCAAUGAAGGUACUUCUAUAUUGUGAUCAAGUCACUUCUCAAUCUUCUUUGCGAUAAACUAAACAGAUUGAGCUCUAAGUCUCUCAUUGUCAGGCAUUUUCUCCAGCCCUUGAAUCCUUUUUCUGGCUGUUUUCUGCACCCUCUCCAAUUUGUCAACAUCCUUUUUAAAAUAUGGACCCCAGAACCGGAUGCAGUCUCCCCGGUGCUCUAUACAGAGGUAAAAUCACUUCCCUACUGCCCUGUUUGCACACCCAGGAUCACGUUAGCCCUUUUUUGCCACAGCAUCGGACUGGGAGCUCGCACGAGUUACUUGUCCACUUGGUACAGGGGGUAGCCGUGUUAGUCUGUAUCCACAAAAACAACGAGGAGGCAGAAGCGCGCGGAGGUGCCAGUCUUUAAGGUGCCACCUGACUCCUCGUUGUUUUUGGCCACUAGGACUCUAAAUCCUUUCCAGAUUCAUUGAUUUCCGGGAUAAGUCCCCCAUUCUGUAGGGAUGGUCUGCAUUCCUUGUUUCUAGAUCUAUAACUUUGGGUGUGGCUGUAUUUAAAUGCAUUGUGUUUGGAUGGACCCAUUUGACCAAGCAAACCAGAUUGCUGUGUCUGACUGCCCUGUCCUCAUCAUUAGUCCACACCCUGCUAAUUAUUGUGUCACCCACAGCUUUGAUCAGCGGUGAUUUUAUAUUUAUGUCCAGAUUACCGAUGAAUGUUAAAUAGCAUUGGCCCUAGUGCCAAUCCCUAGAGAGCCCCACUAGAAACACUCCCCUUCAGCGAUGCUGAUGCACCAUUGACAACUACUUUUGGAGCUCUGUCCGCUUGCCAGUUUUUAAUCCUUUUAAUUGGGGUUUUACUGCUAUCGUACUGUGCCCAUUUUGUAAUCAGAAUGUCAUGUGGUACUAAGUCAACCCCCUCACAAAAGUCUAUUAUAUUUAGAGUUAUCUUUGUCAGCCAAACAUGUAAUCACACCACAAAAUGACAUCAUGGUUUGUAACAAGACCUAUUGUCCAUAAAACCAUCUUGACUGGAAUAAAUUAUAUUCCUAUCAUUUAAUUCUUUAUCCACUGAAUCCUGUAUCAGCUUUUCCAUGAUUUUAUCCAGGAUUGACAUUAGGCUACCUGGCCUGUAGUGCUCCAGGUCAUCUCACUUGCCUUUUUUGAAUAUUGGCACAAUGUUACCACUCCUCCAGACUUCUGGAAUUUUCCUGAUAUUUCAAGAUUUAUUAAAAAUUAACAUCAGCGGACCAAACUUGGGUCUCUUGGGUGCAAGUUAUUUAGGCCUGCUGAUUUUAAAAUGUUUAUCCCUAGGAGAUAUUGUUUUACAUCCUCUUUGGUUACUAAUGGAUUGGAAAGUACUCCAUCAUCCUCAUAUGAUAUGAGUACAUCAUCCUGCUUCUUUCCAAAUACAGAACAGAAAUAUUUAUUGAACACUUCUGCCUUUUCUGCAUUAUUAUUAGUGGAGGGAGGGAUAGCUCAGUGGUUUGAGCAUUGGCCUACUAAA